UUCAAAAUUUUCAAAUUUCUGCAAAUUUCAAACAUGGCGACGCUCAGCCGAAUUUUGCGAAAAACUUUAGUGCAAAAACAAGUUAACCCGUUUCUAAAACGUAAUUUAAGUUCAGUGAAGUGUAAAUCGGCUUAUAAUAAUGUUUUUACUACUUGUGCGUGUAUAGUAGGCGGUGGCGUUUUGUUGUAUGCGGCUAAAAUACACCAUGGCGAGAACACCGUGUAUGCGCUCAAAGCAAAGCCGCCAGAGGAGCUGACGCGGUCGGUGAAGCUGACGUCCCGCGAGCGGCGGUUCAUCAAGUUCGCGAGCGUGGAGCACGGCGGCCAGCUGUACAUGACGCCGCAGGACUUCCUGGAGUCGGUGGUGGAGCAGGAGCCGCGACCGCGCCUCAAGCGUCGCGUGCUGACGGCGAAGGAGAUUGAGCAGCUGAAGGACCAGGUGCCGCCGCUGAAGAAGGGCUCGCCCCAGAUGUUCAGGAACUUGAGGGAUAAAGGAAUCAUCUCCUACACUGAGUAUCUGUUUCUACUCUCCGUGUUAACAAAACCAGCUUCGGGCUUCCAGAUAGCCUUCAAUAUGUUCGAUACCGAUGGCAACCAGAGGGUUGACAAGAACGAAUUUCUAGUCAUACAGCGGCUUCUUGGCGGUUCGCUGAAGGAGCGUAAGGACUUGGAUCCGCACAGCCAACGAGCACUGCUUUCCCUAGUAUCGUCAAGCACUCAAAAAACAACUGGACCUAAAACAAAUGAUAAUAAGCCCUCGCUAAUGGAAAAGAUCUUCAGUUACGCGUGGAAGGACAAACGGGGGAUGGCGGGGAAGGAGGGAGAGAGAAAAGAUGGCGCGCCCCAGGAGAAUUACGUCAACGACGACCAGGGCCUGCAGAGACGACACAACACGGACACUAUGUUACAGGUUCAUUUCUUCGGCAAAAAAGGUUCUUCGGAUCUGAAAUUUGAGGGUUUUUGUCGAUUUAUGGAGAACCUGCAGACUGAAGUCCUAGAACUGGAGUUUAACGAGUUCUCCAAAGGACAGGAGACAAUAUCUGAGGUGGACUUCGCAAAGAUCCUUCUCCGCUAUACAUACUUGGAUACUGAUGAGUACGAUAUGUACCUCGACCGCCUACUAGACCGUCUAGAUGAGAGAGGCAUCAGCUUCUCCGAGUUCAAGACCUUCUGCCAGUUCCUCAACAACCUUGAGGAUUUUACCAUUGCCAUGAGAAUGUACACGCUGGCUGACCAUCCAAUAUCUAAAGAGGAGUUCCAGCGGGCAGUGCGCAUCUGCACGGGUGUGGGCCAGUCUGCCCACUUGGUAGAUACGGUGUUUGCGAUUUUCGACGCAGACGGCGACGGUCGACUCAGCUAUAAGGAGUUCAUAGCCAUCAUGAAGGAUCGCCUGCAUAGGGGAUUUAAGUCAUACGCUAAGAACGAAGGCUGGGAAGCGUUCAAGACAUGUGUAAAGCAGGAAAUGAAGAGUGCUGUGUAACUUUAAUCUCUAGUCAUACUUGUUACUAGUCAACAACAUCAUUCAGGUUGCGUCCAGAAUACCAUAAUAGGAGCCCAGCGUUGAGGGAUCCUAUAGUCACGAUCGUGUUUGAUUUGCAUAUUUUUUGUAGAUAUUAUUAAGUGCAAUUUAUUUUUGUGUGCUGACAUCGGUAAAUUUUCUUCACUGAUACCAAUUUUUAAUUGGAUGUAUAUUUUUUUGUGAAAAAAAGUAUUUCUACGAGUUCCGACGAUUUUUUAAUGCACCAAAAUAUAGUCACUAGUAUAAAUUACUAUCCCUGGAUUUUUUUCCAGUGGAAUAAAAAUAUAUGUUUAAGAUCUCAAGUAUCGAAAUUUUAUUGAAUCAAAUUCAUAUUGUAGUAUUUAAUAACUUAUUUUACACAUAAAUUGUUAAACACAAAUGUAAUAUACCUGGUACCCAUUGUAUAAAUUAAUCGAAUAAUAUACAAGUACGAUUUCUAUUUUUUCCCUAUGCCCCUAUCCCUAUUAUCGAGCGGUUAUGGUUAAAUAUGGCGUCGGACGCCAUAUUUAACGUUAACCAAAGA